GUUAUAAGUAAGUGAAAAUCCACGCAGCUGUCCACCACGAACAAAUUUUCUACCUCCCAAUUUCUCUCUCUAGAUUUUCAGUGUAUUCGGCGGAAUGGGGGUUGUAGUUCGUUACGAAGAGACUUUCGUAUCGGAGUUGGAGCGGUGCCGCCGCAUGCUCGUCGCCUGCGCCGGUGUUCAGAGGAGGAAAGGCGGCAAGGAAUUUAAAAGCCUAAAACCGAAGCCGAUCGACGAUGCAGAUGAGAAGGUCGUGUGUGUAACUAGCGGCGUUUCGUUUCUCGGUUCCGCCAUCGUCAACGAGCUAUCACUUCACGGAUACUCUGUUCGAGUCAUUGUUGAUAAUCCUGAGGAUGUGAACAAAUUGGAAGAGACGACGAGCGGCCGCCAUAACGUGACGGUAGUUGUAGCGGAUCUUACAGAUGUAAAUAGCUUAGUGGAAGCCUUCAAUGGCUGCCGUGGCGUUUUUCACACCUCUUCCUCCAUUGAUCCUUCUGGUGUUUCUGGUUACACGAAAGUAAUGAGCGAAGUGGAAAUGAAGACGACUGAGAAUGUAAUGCAGGCGUGCGCAAGAACAGAGACCGUACGAAAUUGUGUUCUUACAUCUUCUCUUCUUGCUUGCAUCUGGCGGGACCAAGCUGUUGAAAGUGAAAGCAUUGGAUCCUCACGAAUUGUCGACCAUGCCUGCUGGAGCAGCUUACAGCUUUGCCAAGACAAAAAGCUAUGGUUUGCAUUGGGGAAACUGAAAUCAGAGAAAGUGGCAUGGAAAAUAGCACAAGAAAGUGGGCUAAAACUAGCCACCAUCUGUUCUGCAUUACUAACUGGCCCCAACUUCCACCGCAGAAGUUCAACUGCAACGAUAGCUUAUCUCAAAGGAGCUCGAGAGAUGUACACAAAUGGUCUACUGGCAACGGUGGACGUGACCAAAUUAGCCAAAGCACACGUCUGUGUGUAUGAAGGAAUGAAGGAAAAUUCUUCCAGCAGAUACAUUUGUUUCGACCGUGUGAUUUCAACUCCGAAUGAAGCAACGAUGUUGGCGGCAGAGAUCGGAGUCCCAGUUGGGAGCAUAGUCCAAACCACUCCUCCAAUCGACUCUCCGGUUUCGUUUCAACUGUCGAACAAGAAGCUGUCUGAUCUAAUGUUUAGAAGCAACCUUCAACGUAGCUGCUUGAAUGAACACACAUCUUCUUGAAGGAUGAAUUCCAGGGUAAAAAUAUAGGAGUGGCAUUUAUUUAUUUGAUUAAUAUGAUAUAAAUAGUCCAUUUUUUAUUACUUUGUUUAUACAUAUUGAAGAGAGUGAGAGUGCAAUUCUUUU